UUGGUCGCGUCCACGCGGGCCGGGAACUGAGCAUGUCUGCGAGCGCUCGGCGGCCUCGGCGGCGGGGGCCGGGCCGGGCUGCGUCAGGCACCGCCGCUGCCCGGCCGAGAGGGGCGCACUCGCCGCCGCAGCCCCCGCCCGGACGCCCGCCAGUUGACUCAAAUUGUGACUAAGUGGCUUGUGCAUCAUUCCCCAGCUGUAUGGGCCACGUGAUCUUCUCAUCAUUUUGAAACUACGUACAGACUCUCCAUCAGACUCCUCCAGAAACUGCGGCAAUGUCUGUGACGAAUUUAUCAUGGUUGAAGAAAAAGUCCCAGUCGGUGGAUAUUACUGCUCCAGGAUUCAACCCUUUGGCUGCUGCAGGAAAGCAAAUGCCACAAGCCAGUAAGCCCCCUGCACCCAAGACCCCCAUCAUUGAAGAAGAGCAGAACAAUGCAGCCAACACUCAGACGCAGAAGCACCCUUCCCGGAGGAGUGAGCUGAAGCGGUUCUACACCAUUGACACUGGCCAAAAGAAGAACCUAGACAAGAAAGAUGGGAGAAGAAUGUCUUUUCAGAAACCUAAAGGAACUCUUGAAUAUACUGUUGAAUCAAGGGAUUCUUUGAAUAGUAUAGCAUUGAAAUUUGAUACAACACCCAACGAACUUGUUCAAUUAAAUAAGUUAUUCUCCCGAGCAGUUGUUACUGGACAGGUCUUAUAUGUCCCCGAUCCUGACUAUGUGUCCAGUGUUGAGAGCUCACCAUCUCUGAGUCCCGUGAGCCCUCUGUCACCAACAUCAUCAGAGGCUGAAAUUGAUAAGACCACUAAUCCUGAUGUAGUCCAGCCAAAAGAAGUAACUCCUGCAUCUGCUGUAACUGGCACUCGACCUGCACGAGUAGUAUCUUCAACAUCUGAGGAGGAAGAAGCAUUUACUGAAAAGUUUCUUAAAAUUAAUUGCAAAUAUGUUACCAGUGGGAAGGGCACAGUCAGUGGUGUGCUGCUAGUUACACCAAAUAACAUUAUGUUUGAUCCACAUAAAACUGACCCCUUGGUUCAAGAGAAUGGCUGUGAGGACUAUGGCAUCAUGUGUCCAAUGGAAGAGGUGAUGUCAGCUGCAAUGUACAAAGAAAUUUUGGAUAGCAAAAUAAAGGAAUCCUUACCCAUAGAGCUGGAUCAGUUAUCAGGAAGGGACGUCUGCCAUUUUAAGAAAACAGCCAGAAGCAAUGCUGAUGAACUCGAUACAAGAACCCGAGAUGCUGGCAACGAUAGUGCCAGCACGGCACCCAGGAGCACCGAGGAGUCUUUUUCUGAAGACGUCUUCACGGAAUCAGAACUCUCCCCCAUCCGAGAGGAGCUCGUCUCUUCCGAUGAGCUCUGUCGGGGUAAAUCAUCGGGGGCGUCGUCAGAGUCUGUGAAAACGGUUGUUCUGAGUGGAGGGGAGUGUUUGACAGGCAGCUCGGGGGCUCCUGGUACUCCCGAGCCUUUAAAAUCCUCCUCUGGACAGUCUCCAAAUGAAGCUGGGACUCUCUCUCACAAAACGGAUGCCAGCAACCUUGCAGUGGGCUCGGAGGAAGAUCAGGCUGCAGGUCCUGGCCCCGACUCCCCGAGCCCCAGUGAACAGAAAAGUCCCAGUGCAAAAGGCAAGGCCGACCAGGAUGGUCUUCACCAUGGGGAUGCAGUAUACCCAGAUGAGGGGGACAAAGAAAGCGGGCCUUGUGGGGAGCACGCAGAAUUCAGACAAAAGCCAGCCACCGCCAACAAAGGAAAACAGGGCAAGGAACAAAACCAGGACUCAGAGACGGAGGUGGAGGAGCUGCGGAAGCUCUGGAAAACCCAUACCAUGCAGCAGACGAAGCAGCAACGGGAAAAUAUGCAGCAGGUUACACAGAAGGAGACGAAGCCUAAAGUAGCGUUUGCCGACAAAGAAGGUCCUGCACUUUUAAAAGAAAAGAGGAGGCAUCGAUUACAUAAGUUCUUAUGUCUCAGAGUUGGAAAACCAAUGAGGAAAACAUUUGUAUCUCAGGCAAGCGCAACAAUGCAGCAGUAUGCACAGAGAGAUAAGAAGCAUGAGUAUUGGUUUGCUGUGCCUCAAGAAAGGACAGACCACUUGUAUGCCUUCUUCAUUCAGUGGAGUCCAGAAAUAUAUGCAGAAGACACUGGUGAAUAUAUGAGAGAACCUGGAUUUAUAGUAGUAAAAAAGAUGGAAGAGUCUGAAACAAAUGAGGAUCCUACAAGCGAAGCAGCAGCCAGAGAAUGGGAGGUAGUAUCAGUGGCUGAGUAUCACCGCAGGAUCGAUGCUCUAAAUACUGAAGAACUGCGCACACUCUGCAGACGCCUCCAGAUUACUACAAGGGAAGACAUCAGUUCCAAGCAGGCAGCUCCAGCGAAGGCAGAACUGGAGCCUGAGUCUUUUCGACCGAACCUGAGUGAUCCCAGCGAGCUUUUACUGCCAGAUCAAAUUGAAAAGCUCACCAAGCACCUUCCACCAAGAACAAUCGGCUAUCCAUGGACUCUGGUUUAUGGUACUGGGAAGCAUGGCACAAGCUUGAAGACCCUUUAUCGAACAAUGACAGGGCUAGAUACUCCAGUGCUGAUGGUGAUCAAGGACAGUGAUGGGCAGGUUUUUGGUGCAUUAGCAUCUGAGCCCUUCAAAGUCAGUGAUGGCUUUUAUGGUACCGGAGAGACCUUUGUCUUUACUUUCUGUCCGGAGUUUGAGGUCUUUAAGUGGACAGGAGAUAAUAUGUUUUUUAUCAAAGGCGACAUGGAUUCGCUAGCCUUCGGUGGUGGAGGAGGAGAAUUUGCCCUUUGGCUUGACGGAGAUCUCUAUCAUGGAAGAAGUCAUUCUUGUAAAACAUUUGGAAAUCAUACACUUUCUAAAAAGGAAGAUUUCUUUAUUCAAGACAUUGAAAUCUGGGCUUUUGAAUAAAUAUAAUACUAUCUUAGUAGGAUAAUGGCCCAAACCUGGCAUGGACAAGCAUUGUUUGGAAAGUCAAGAAGCAAUACAAUGUAACAUGUCAUUUGUGCUUUGAAGUUAGUUUGCAUCACAUUUAUUGGAGCUAUAAUUUUGGAGUUUAUAUUUUAAAUCAUGUUUCUGUCCCUGAGUUCUUUAAGUCUAAACCUAGUUUGGGUCUAUGGAAUAUAGUGGCUUAGAUUUUGUCUGAAUUUUGAUUAUAGUGGCCACCUCAUCUACAAUCCAUGUUAUAUUAGUCUCCAAAUAUGAUGGUGCUCUUUUGUUGAAUCUAUUUUGGUUUGUAUUUUUAAAGUAUUUUUUUUAACUAGGGCAGUCUAAUUUGAACAUUGACAGAAUAAGAGAAUAGAUACUGCUGUAUCUGUGAGGUUGAUGUAAAGUAACUUGUGGACCUGCUCAGCUUAAUCAUGCUAAUGAAUGCCAAAAUAAUGCAUACUUCAUAGACCUCUGCGUUCUAAUUUUAAUUCACACUGCAGCAUUCUCUUUAUUACUUUUGCAGGUAUUCUCAAAAUCUGAGCAAAAUUCUGAUAGUAAUAGACUGCAAUGCACAUGAUUUGCAGGUUUGGGUGUAUGCUUUUGUAACUGAAUUAUCUGAUUAAAAAGUUAUAAAAUGACAAAGGAGAAUGAGAACUUGAUGAUUCUACUAGAAUUAAUACAUCAAGAAAAUAUAAUAUUUACAUAUUUGUAGUUUAGCAGGGCAUUAUCUUAAGUAUAAAAACUACAAAACAGAUGCUUAUUUCUUCAAAUUAUUGUGUCAGAUAUACUGGUUUAUAGUUCAGUUGUUUUAGCCUUGUUGCACACCAGCUCCCAAAAUAUAGGUUGCUGUUCAAAGGGAAAAAAAAAAGUGAUUUUUUUCUUUUAGUGGUAUAUGUUAUUAAUUCUAUUAGCAUUUGCUCUUAUAAAAGGGCAAUGAUUACAGUAGACACUAUUGUAACUCUGUAGACUUGUUGAAUAUGCAGAUUUACUGUCCAGUGACCUCAAAAAAACAA